AUGAGCACGAUUAUUGAGCCUGUGAUUAAUGAUAUCUUGAAUAGUUUUGCCUCUUCGAUGGUGCAGACGGAACAGGCUGUCAAGUUCUUCAGAGAGACUGCGCCAUUUGAAGAUGAAAAGGAUCUCACUACAGUUUCUACGAAGCAAUGUGCUGGUGAUGAUAAGAACCCUAGCAACAUCGCAGUGAAUCGUGAUGAACUUUUGGGAUUCGUGAAACAGUGGUGCACAAAGGCACAUGGUAGUGGCCAAUGGGCAUGGGGAAAUUCCUUUGAAGAUACGUAUACUUCGUCUGAAAACCCUGCUAUUGUGAUAAUUGAGGGAAUGGCCCGCCCAAGGUACAACAACAAGCGAGAGGUGACCCCAGGAGAUUCUUUGCAUGAAAAGGAUUGCCAGAAAGGCUUCACCUACCUGAUAGAUGGCUGUGACACCGACACCACGACUAAAAAGCGAGGUGGUAAUCUCCAAACGAAGGAUGGUUCGUCGUGGAGCAUAGCGGUAAAACGCGAUACCACCACAACGGUCGAUUACUGCAAUAACAUUCGAACAAGUUCGAUGAUGCCUGUUGAUCGAGAUUUAGCCGUUCCUCAGAUCCAGAAGUUCUGUCAACAUGAUUUUAAGGACCCUACUACUAAGGACAGCCCUCACUGGUACCGGAAUUCCGGCGUCUUUGGUGGUAGUCUUGAGGUGGAUAUUAAAUUUGCUAAAGAUCAAACGAAUUGCGAGAAAGCCACGAGCAAGGAUAUUUUCUGGCCUGAUGACUGUGAAAGCACGUUCCUGACUGCUAUUGAUCACUGUGAUACGGAUACGACAUCUAAGAAGUAUGGUGGAAACUUGCAUUUCAAUACCGCCAAUGGCUGCUGGGAGGCGAAUGUUGGCUUCCCUGUUUUGAAAGACCAAGCAAAUAUGGGCGAUGACGAUUUUGAGAGUGGUACAUUGUCAUAA